CAACAUUUGCUUCCACGAGACAAAAACAGUUGCAAAUCCGUGAAAUCCCACCAAAAUUUAAUUCCUCGUGGUAAACAACGAAUCCUAUAGAAAGUUCUAGCCUUGACUACGGAGAGGCUACGCGAACGAACACUGACCACAUUUUUGCACAUCAAAGGUCACACUCCUCUGUUCUCUUGCGGGAGAGCACGAGCUCUGGGAACGAGAUUGGCAGAAUGGCGGACACAAUUUCAGCGUAGAGAUGAAAGUAUAUUUGGGUGUCUACGAAAGGUUUUUCGCGGCAGAAACUGCCAUAAAAUCUGCAGAAAAAUAUGCGCCAUCUUUUUAACAAGGUCAAUAUCUGCAAAUAUGCUUACUUGAAAUGUCGAGCUUUAUCGCAGUGGAUAGGUGAGGUUUCAGUGUAUAGGUCAAUAUCCCAGAAUCCCUAUGAAAACUUGGCCUUUGAAGACUGGUUAUAUCUUAAUACUGACCUAACAGAUAGGAGAAUUCUCUUUUUGUGGAGAAAUGAACCCACGAUAGUUAUUGGCAGACACCAGAAUCCCUGGGCAGAAUGUAGUUUAAAGAGUCUUCAGCAAUUUAAUGUCCAUUUGGCAAGGAGGAAAAGUGGUGGUGGAACAGUUUACCACGAUUUAGGAAAUGUCAAUUUCUCUUUCUUUACUGCUCGUGAACUCUACAAUCGCAAAGAAAACUUAGCUCUUAUUGUGAAAGUAUUACGUGAAAGAUGGAAACUAGAUGUUGAAGCUUCUCCUAGAGAUGACAUACUUAUUGAUGGAAAAUUUAAAAUGUGCAAAAUUUAAAGCUGAUGACAUUCACGCAGCCCUACUGACAUAUUUGAACUCAGAAUCACUCACAGCCCUAGACAGGCAGCUUUGUUAUGGGUUUAUAAAAUGGAUUGUCAGUGUUAUAUGAAUCUAAAAAUUGAUUCAAGUAAGUUUUUUUAAUCAUAAUGUACAACAUGAUAACUUCAGUUUUCUGAGUAGCAAUGAUUUCUACUGCAAUGUUUAUCUAACCAUAUAACCAGCCUUCUGUCAAUGUAUUAUUAAAAAUUUUUUUGAAUAAGGGGGGAUGGAUGAAAUGCUCCCUAAUGAAAAAAGAGGAUUAUAAUAAUGCAAUCAACAUUUCAUUGACCUUUUGUCUUUCUUUUCAAAUCUAUCUAGAGAAGAAGGCAGGGGUUUGUUUACAGGGAGAAGUGUGCAUAACUUUAAAUGCAUAGGAUGAUAAUACAUUGUGACAUGCAGAGAAUAUUUACUAUUAAUAGCAUUUAUAAUUUUAGUUUAGAUUUCGUUUAGGUGAUUAAAUCAUUCUUUAAAAUUAAGCAAGUUAACUUUCCACACCUUCUCUUUUUGAGGAUGGUAAAUUAUUUAGGCUAAUAUAUGACAUGCAGCAAUCUGGCAACAUUUAACAUACACCAACUUGAAAAUAAUGAUGUGGAAUCAUAAGAAUGUUGAGCACUGUCAUUAUCACUGAUUUUCAUCUGUGAAAUUUUUAUUGAAAUCCCCCAAGUUUAAGGUGACCACUGUUGUCAUUAAGAUUGAAACACUAAUAUUAAAAAUUCUGUCAGUAGUAACUUGUAAGUCAGGUAAUUUUCUCCUUCCAACAGCUGAUAUGUGAAGACAAAUAAGGUUAACUAAAUGUUCACCUUCUUUGUUUUCACAUCUCAGCUGUAGAUAUACCUUAACCCUUUAACUCUCAUGCGUGACCAAGACAGAAUUUCUCCUUACAAUAUUAAGCAGACAAAUAAUGACAAUAAA